AGUGCCCCGAAGAAACCAUCGCCUCAGCAUCUCUAGCGGUAAAAGGUCCCGCCUGUUCUCGGCUUUCUCAGGUUCCCCAGACCAGAGUGGGCAGAGCAGCCCCUCCCGAUCCCCCGAGAUCCCGUCUCGUCGCAUUGAAUUUCUCAAACCACCAACCCAAAAUACCUAUCCCCCGGUUUCCAAAUUCCCAUCCAUUUUCUCAGAGUUCAUUCUUCUCUCCAACUCUACCUUACCUUAUCUUCAAUCUUUCCCCUCCCACCCUCCUCUUCGGCCCGUUAUCAGAGUUCAAUCCCACAGGAACCCUCCCUCCCAUCCAAUUGGCUCUAGGCUUCCUCCCUCUUCAGUUCGUCUGUUAAGGUACUCCAACAUGCUCAGGUCCAUCGCACCCCGAGCCACGAGGUAUGCAUCCAUACACCACACCCAAAGUAACACGUGAAGGUCUCACUCCCCGUUCCAGGCGCGCCGCUUCUGCGUUCGGAGCACCAGCACCACAGCCACCCCGCCUCACCUUCGGAUCCGCGAGUAGACACCUCUCCGCAACCGCCGCCGCCCGCCAGCCCCAGCUCCAUGCCAAAGUCGUAAACGACGGCGUGCAAAUCGACGGGCUGGCAGGCGUGUCUACCCGUAGAUCGACGCUCCCCCAUUUCUGGCUAAGAGACAACUGUCGAUGCAGCAAAUGCGUGAACCAAGAUACCACGCAACGAAACUUUGACACAUACGCCAUUAGCCAAGACAUCCGACCCUCUGAAAUCAAGUCUGAAGAAAAGGGUAUCAAGGUGACAUGGGAGCAAGACGGCCACGAGAGCUUCUACCCCUGGCACUUUAUCAAGCACUACCUGCAAAAUGACCACCGGAGUCCAGAGCAAGUCAACUACCACUUCUGGGGCUCCGACGUGGGCUCCAGACGCCCCGUCGUCGAAUACAACCACCUCAUGACCAAGAACGACGACUCAGGCGUCGCAAAGUUGACAAACCUCAUCCGCGAAUACGGCUUCGCCUUCGUCGACGGAACCCCCUACGACACCCCAGCCCCAACACAGCGCGUCCUCGAACGAAUCGCCUUCAUCCGCGAGACGCACUACGGCGGCUUCUACGACUUCGUCCCGGAUCUCGCCAUGGCCGACACGGCCUACACCAACAUCGCCCUCCCAGCGCACACGGACACGACCUACUUCACCGACCCCGCCGGCCUGCAAGCCUUCCACAUGCUCUCCCACGAAGCUCCUCCGCCAGGGAAGGAGCAGCAGAAGCUUCCUAAAGAUGGCAAGCUCGGAGGGGAAUCACUCCUCGUAGACGCCUUCUACGCGGCACAGAUCCUGCAGAAAGAGGACCCGGCCGCGUACGAGAUCCUCGCCAAGGUCCGCCUGCCCUGGCACGCGAGCGGCAACGAGGGCAUCACCAUCUCCCCCGACAAGCGGUACCCCGUUCUCGAGGUCGACCCGCAGACGCGGACGCUGCAACGGGUGCGGUGGAACAAUGACGACCGCGGCGUGGUGCCCUUUUCCGACGACGUUUCGCCGACGGAGUGGUACGCGGCGGCGCGCAAGUGGGAUGCCAUUCUCCGGAGAUCCGACGUUGAGUUUUGGUGGCAACUGAAGCCCGGCCAGGUUUUGAUCUUUGACAACUGGCGUGUGAUGCACGGUAGGAGUGCGUUUGAGGGCAGAAGACGCAUCGCCGGCGCCUAUAUCAACCGUGACGAUUUCGUCUCCCGUUGGAGAAACACAAACUUCCCUCACGAGCAGGUCCUGAACCAGGUUGUUGGCUAGACGGAAUGCAUGACAAGGUGUCAAAGUUUUUGGGUAGGGUUGCAUUGGCAUGUGAAGGGAGCAAAUGGUUCGCGAGUAAAGGCGCAGAGA